CUUAUUAAUUUAUUGAAAGAAUUUAUUGAAGAAAUGGACAGUAACAAGUCAUCAGAUUCAAAAGAAAGUGUACAAGAUGAUAAUAUCAGUGAUAAAGAAAAUCAAACACCUGCAACAACUGUACUAAAAGGUUUAAAUCCUUCUAUAAAAGUUCUAAAUCUUCAACAAAAAAUCAGCACCGAUAUAAAAAGUGUAGAAAUAUUGGGCACUAUCAAAAGAAUUGCAAGGUAA